GUAUUUAUUUUGCCCACCACCUGUUCGACCAUUAGUCUCUGGCAAGUCUUUUUUCUAUAAAAAAGAAAAAAAGAAAAAAGAAAAAAAGAAAAAUGACAAUUGACUUGGUUCCAGGGAGUUCAGGGAGUAUAGAUUAUGUUGGUGCUGACCAGAAAAUAACAUAUUUUAGCAACAAAUAUGUUUUGGGUUUGACUGUUGUUGCUGGCAUUGGUGGUCUCCUUUUCGGUUAUGACACAGGAGUCAUAUCAGGAGCCCUUCUGUAUAUCCGUGAUGAUUUUGAGGUCGUUGAUCAAAGUAGUCUUUUACAGGAGACGAUUGUUAGCAUGGCUUUACUUGGUGCAAUGAUUGGAGCUGCAGCUGGUGGAUGGAUAAAUGAUGUACGUGGGCGUAAAAGUGCUACUCUCAUGGCUGAUGUCAUUUUUGCACUUGGAUCAUUUGUCAUGGCUGCUGCACCAGAUCCAUAUGUUCUUAUAUUUGGUCGCUUAUUGGUUGGGCUGGGAGUCGGCAUAGCUUCUGUUACCGCCCCAAUGUAUAUUGCAGAAGCCGCACCCUCUGAAAUCAGGGGAGGUCUUGUUAGUACCAAUGUGCUUAUGAUCACAACUGGACAGUUUCUUUCUUACCUUGUUAAUCUUGCAUUCACAGAGGUUCGUGGGACAUGGCGAUGGAUGCUUGGAAUUGCGGCUGUGCCAGCUAUUCUUCAGUUUUGCUUGAUGUUGCUUUUGCCUGAGUCACCUCGUUGGCUAUACAAGAAUAGAAGUAGUUCGGAGGCAAUUGCCAUGCUGUCAAAGAUUUAUGAUCCUGAUCGAUUAAAAGAGGAACUACACUACCUUUCUGCUGGUUUAGAGGAAGAACGCCGAGGAAGGAAUUCUGUCAGAUUCCGAGAUGUUUUCAGAAUCAAAGAAAUCAGACUUGCAUUUGUGGCUGGAGCUGGUCUGCAGGCAUUUCAACAGUUCACGGGCAUCAACACCGUAAUGUAUUACAGCCCAACUAUAGUCCAGAUGGCCGGUUUCGGAUCAAAUCAAUUAGCCCUUCAGCUUUCUCUCAUAGUGGCGUUAAUGAAUGCAGCUGGAACGAUUCUUGGAAUCUACCUCAUUGACCAUGUUGGCCGCCGGAAGUUGGCACUCAGUAGUUUGACAGGUGUAAUUCUCUCGUUGGUUCUUCUCUCAGUUGCUUUCUUUUUUGAAUCAUCAGGACAUACAAACAUGGGUUGGGUGGCUGUUCUUGGGUUGGUCCUUUAUAUUGGUUCUUUUGCCCCCGGGAUGGGGCCUGUCCCAUGGACUGUGAACUCAGAAAUAUAUUCGGAGUCAUACAGAGGGAUUUGUGGUGGAAUGUCAGCUACUGUGAAUUGGGUAUCGAACUUGAUAGUUGCACAGAGUUUUCUUUCUGUCACUGAUGCUGUUGGUACGGGUACGACUUUUUUGAUACUGGCUGCAAUUGCUGUGGUUGCAUUUGCUUUUGUGCUCCUGUUUGUACCCGAGACCAAAGGAUUGAGUUUCGAGGAAGUUGAAAGAAUGUGGAGGGAGAGGGCUUGGGGAAGUAGUAAUGGCUCAGAAUCCCUUCUCGAGGAGGACGAUACUUAGAAACCAUUCAUAGAACCCUAAAGACAGACCAGGCCAGACUGUAUCUGUUGGGUAGAGCAUUUUGAUCUGUAUGAUUAUUAAGCGGAAGCUCAAACAUUUAUGUAGAGUUUCCUGAUGUUCUUGAAAGUAUUUAUGCGUAUUUUCGUAUUUUUAGUAAA